GCGGCGGGCCAGCCGCUCGCCAUCCCCGGCCGCGUGCUGAUCGGCGAGGGCGUGCUCACCAAACUCUGCCGCAAGAAGCCCAAGGCGCGGCAGUUCUUCCUCUUCAACGACAUCCUGGUCUACGGCAACAUCGUCAUCCAGAAGAAGAAGUACAACAAGCAGCACAUCAUCCCGCUGGAGAGCGUCACCAUCGACACGGUGCCCGACGAGGGCGACCUGCACAACGGCUGGCUCAUCAAGACGCCCACCAAGUCCUUCGCCGUGUACGCCGCCACCGCCACCGAGAAGUCCGAGUGGAUGAACCACAUCGGGAAGUGCGUGGGAGACCUGCUGCAGAAGAGCGGCAAGGCCCCGACGGGCGAGCACGCCGCGGUGUGGGUGCCCGACUCGGAGGCGACGGUGUGCAUGCGCUGCCAGAAGGUGAAGUUCACGCCGGUCAGCCGCCGGCACCACUGCAGGAAGUGCGGCUACGUGGUGUGCGGGCCGUGCUCGGACAAGAAGCACCUGCUGCCCAGCCAGUCGUCCAAGCCGGUGCGCGUCUGCGAGUACUGCUACGUGCAGCUGACGUCGGGCGGCGCCGCGCCGCGCUCGGACUCCAUCGGCCGGCUCGGCUCGAAGUUCAACAACCUGUCGGACGACGACGACGACGACGACAGCAGCGACUGAGCAGCGAGGAAAUACUU